GCAGAAAACAAAAAUGUUUUUUGUUUCUGCACAUACAUUUCUGGUUAAUCGGUGCAGUUGAAUAAAAAAUAACUAUUAUCUUAAAACAUACGUAUAUUUACUAACAGAAGCUUUAUUUAGUAAAAAUGGCCGGCUGCCGCACUGCGCUCGGGCGGCGGUUUUAAAAGGAACGUGAAAGGAACGGUCAGUUUUCGUUUGUCUGGCGAAAGUGGAGUAUCGUGUUGCGCAGUGCGCAGUCGCUAGGCACUGGGAGGACCGUGCAGUUGGACGCGCUUUUCUUUUAUCGUUUGUAAACUUUGUACGGCCGAAGCUCUUCGUUGUCAGUCACACGAAGGACCAUGACGACUUUUACGCGUUCCGCACGUUGGGCCUCGUCGGCGGCUUCGUCGACGGAAAACGCCUCCGAGCGCGGCGGGUUCAAGAAGCCUCAGGUUACUCGAGGCACCCAGCGAGUCGCUCUACGUCCCCCGAACAAGGUCCAGCCGGUUCAACCCGCUCUCAAGCCGAGCAAGCUGCAGACGUCGUCAACGGCAGCAAAGUGUCCGGAACCCAAGAAGCCAACACUUCGGGCUCGCGCGGCGGUCGGUGCGAACCAUGCCACAGCCAAGGAAGUGCCAGCGGCAGACCCUGUGGCGUCCCUGGACGUGGCCGGGCUCUGCGUGGAGCCCCUUGAAAAGCCCUCCUUCUCGAGCCAGCUGCUGCUGCCCGACGGCGUGCCGGACAUUGACUCCGGCGACCGGGACGAGCCCCAGCUGUGUGCCCAGUACGCCAAGGACAUCUUCGACUACCUCGUCUCGCUCGAGGAGGCGUUCCCGGUAAAGGACCAGUACCUGAGACACAGCCCCCACAUCACGGGCGACAUGCGGGCCAUCCUGGUCAACUGGCUCAUGCAGGUGCACAAGAGGUUCCAGCUGCUGCCCGAGACGCUCUUCCUCACCGUGUCUGUCAUCGACCGCUUCCUUCAGGCGGAGUGUGUGCCCCGUUCCAAGCUGCAGCUGGUGGGAGCGGCCUCCAUGUUCCUGUCCGCCAAGUACGAGGAGAUGUACGCCCCCGUGGUGGACGACUUUGUCUACGUCACGGACGGGGCCUACUCCAAGGGGGAGGUGCUGCGCAUGGAGAAGGCCAUCCUCAACAGGCUGGACUGGAGCCUGGGCCGCCCCAUCCCCCUACACUUCCUGCGCAGGAUCUCCAAGGCCGGACAGGUGGACAUAGUGGAGCACUCCCUGGCCAAGUAUGCCCUGGAGCUCUCCCUGCUGUGCUACGAGCUGUCCUGGGUGCGUCCCUCGGAACAGGCUGCGGCGGCUCUCUGCCUAGCCCUGCAGCUGGACGGCAAGGCCUGGGACCCCACCCUGACCCACUACGGCCGCUUCAGCCAAGCCCAACUGGCGCCCACCGUGGCCAAAAUGGCCGCCCUCAUGCUGGACGCCGACAAGGGAAAGCACACGACCACUUACCAGAAGUUCAAGAGCAGCCGGCUGGAGGCGGUCAGCACCCUGGCACUGUCGCGCAGUGCAGCCCUCCAGAAGAUUGCAGGACGCACCUGAGCUCGGACCGUCGGGUUGCACCUUCAACUCAAUGCCAGAGCUUUUAGCAUCAUUUUGUACAACUACGUGUAUAAACUGCUUUUAGACCCCUGUCGGUUGGGGGCUCCAA